AUGUCUACCAAACCAAGUUCCACAUCCACAAUCUUGGUCAAUGGAAACAAUAAUGGCCGUAGAUCUUCGUUGGGCUCCCCCGCAGCAGCAGCAGUGCGAAAGAUUCUGUGUCAAAUCGGCGAGGAUCCAGAUCGUGAGGGUCUGUUGAAGACACCUGAGCGAUACGCUGAAGCGCUCCGGUUCUUCACCAAGGGGUAUUCGGAGAGUACAGAGGAGGUCGUCAACGAUGCGAUUUUCACCGUCGACACUCACGAGAUCGUCAUCGUCAAAGACAUUGAUAUCUUUAGUCUCUGUGAACAUCACAUGCUGCCAUUCACCGGAAAGAUACAUAUCGGGUACAUUCCGAAUGGUCGGGUGCUCGGAUUGUCAAAGCUUGCGCGAAUCGCUGAGAUAUACUCGCGCCGGCUUCAAGUGCAGGAGCGCUUGACAAACCAGGUUGCAGCAGCCAUAGACGAGUUGCUUAGUCCAAAGGGUGUUGCGGUGGUCGUGGAAUGUACGCAUAUGUGUAUGGCGAUGAGAGGCGUACAGAAGCCGGGGGCCGUGACAGUCACUCAAAGCAUGACUGGUUCGCUGGAACAUGACCUAGAAGUGCAACGGAAGUUCUAUACUCUGCUCGGCCUGGGACAGAGACGUCAUCUCUAA